AUGGUGGACUUUCUCAAAGAAUACAUCGUCGAAUCAGUGAACAUCACCAACAGAAUAACCAACCCAGAACGCCUCGCCAACUUCACUGUUCAAGUGUCCAUGAACAAUCCACUGUGGUACCCGGGCUUUCCAGCCAAGCUACCCGGGGAAAAGUGCUUCUAUCGUGGCCCGGCUAUACCAGGUAAUGCUUCACAAGUCAUCAGUUGCAUCAAACCUAUCACAGGGCGAUAUCUGACUGUGUUUAAACCCGCAAACAGCUCACUGGCAAUCUGUGAGCUAGAAGUCUUUGCCACAAAUGUAUCUGGCAAGCAGAUGUACGGUACGCAGUUUCAAUCCAUGCCAAACAAAAAGCUGACAUUGGCUCCCUUCGCCGUUUUUCACAAAGUCCGAAGUGUUUUGGAAUGCACUUCGCAGUGUCUUAAGAUCAAAAAUGGAACGGUCACGGCCGUUCAAGUGAAGAGUAAUCCUUCAAUUUGUGAGUGUAUUCAGUUCAGUUAUUUAACUGCUACGCCAACAUCGUUUGAAAACAAUACAGACUGGCGUUUAUAUAUGUCGAAGUUGAACUAA